AUGGGCGAUCGUCCCCCUCAUACGACCGUUGAUGCCUACCGCACCAUCCCCCUCCUGACAGGGCCCGAGAACUUCCAGCAAUGGCAGGAGUCCGUUGACGCCUUCGCCCGCUGCAAGAACCUCAUCCGCAUCUUCAAGGGCACCGACACGGAGCCCUUUCGCCGACCCAUUCCGCCCCACGUCGCGGCUGGCACCCCCGAAUACCUCAGCAUCCGCCCCAGCACCGACCGCGCUGGCGACAACCCACCCAUAGGCGCACUCCAGACAGUCACCUUCCCCGCGGCGCACGGCCCCGCACUCGAUGAUGACGACAUGGCCAAGUGGGAGUCAUGGCAGGCACGUGAGAAUCCCGCCCAUGCAGCCAUUAUGGAGACCAUUUCCGCCAACCUCCGCUCCACCAUCCACAAUGCCUGGUCUGCCUUUGACUGCCUCGCCACUCUCCAGAGCAAGUUCAUCACCACCUCGGGAAGCCACAAGCGUGCCGCCAAGGCCAAGGAGAUGCGCUCGCAUCUCGAAACCUUCCGCUACUAUCUCCACCAGUCUGAACUAGUCGGCGUCCCUUGGACAGACUUCGACCGCAGUGACGUCUUCCUCAACUCCCUUCCCGACGACAUGACCGAACUUAUCCACCUGAAGUGGGACACGGCCUGCGUGUCCGUCGGCCGCGAAGAGGACUUUGAAAUCCUCAUGACCACUUAUAGCUCCUUCACUGAGCAACGCCGCCUUCGCUGGGAAGCUUCCGAGGGCGUUGCUGCCGCCCCCGGCAUCCUGAAGCCCGCUCGCAAGAACGCCGAAGCUUCGGGCCUCGGCCGUAGACCCAACAUCUACAGCAGAGACAGCCGCCCGAACGCCGGGUGCCGCACCCAGACCAACAACACUCCCCCCGACGCUGUCUGCACCCACUGCGAGCGCCCUUACCACACCAAAGAUGCCUGUUUCGAACACGACGCUGGCCUUCCCUCCGCAAGCGAACGCCGCCGCCGCAUCGCCGCAGCGUGCAAAGCCAAGAGCCUCACUCCCCGCAACUUGAACUCCCCCCCGCGCCCCGAUAUGAAGAACAUCGCAGCCGCGACCACAGACUACACCAGCGAUGUCACACAUCGACCGUGCCGUGGGCAUAACGCCCUAAACACCGAUGCCGUUCCCAACGAGCGUAGUGCGAGUUGGUGUUCCGUAUCGCUAGUCGAGCGAGUCCUGCGCUGGGGCUGCGGAGUGAAGUAG